UUAUGUACAUUGACAGUAGACAUUGUAAAUAAAAAUAAAAUUAAAUAUUUAAAUUAUUAACAAAGGUCAAGAACAUCAAAGAAAGAUGUUACCUUUAAAAUUAUUUCUACGAAACAUUAAUCGACUUGGUGGACUGCCAAACAAGUACAGAGUGUUAAAUCAUUGUCCAAAAAAAUUAAUAAAUUCACUGUGCACAUUGACAACUAGAGAUGAUACACUUGCAGGAUUCAUCAAACAUUGGGGUCAACGUUUUGAAGAUGAGGGUAUACCCGAGCCAAUUUCUUCAAUUGAACACAUACUAGCACAUGUUGUAGGAAGAACCAAAAUAAUUGAUCUUGUGACUAUUCAUGAUCAACGAUUGACAGAAGAACAAAUUAAAAAACUGGACAGGCUUUGUGAAUGUAGAUUAGCAAGAAUGCCAGUCCAGUAUAUAAUAGGCGAAUGGGAUUUUCGAGAUAUAACAUUGAAAUUGGUACCACCAAUAUUCAUACCAAGACCAGAAACAGAAUAUCUCAUUGAUUUUAUUUUAAAAAGAAUAUCUGAAAAUUCUUGGGACACAUGUAGAGUACUAGAAAUUGGCUGUGGAUCUGGAGCAAUAUCUCUUGCUCUUGCUCAUUCUUGUAAAAAAAUUAAAUGUGUAGCUGUUGAUCAAAAUUCAGAUGCUUGCAACCUUGCCAAAGAGAAUAGAAAAAAUCUUGAUCUUGAUGAUCGAGUAGAAAUAGUCAAUGUAACAUUGGAAAUUGAUGGAACUUUUAAAUCUUCAUCAGAUGUAUCACAUAUUAAUUUUGAUAAUGAGAAAUUUGAUCUUAUUGUCAGUAAUCCACCUUACAUACCUACCAAAAAAGUCAUGGAGCUAGAGCCUGAAAUUAAAAUAUUUGAAGAUAUAAACGCUUUGGAUGGAGGUCCUGAUGGACUAAAAGUAAUAAAACCUAUUUUAAAAUAUGCAUCAAAAGCUCUCACUCCAACUGGACAUGUUUUUCUUGAAGUUGAUCCAGAACACCCAGAAUAUAUAAAAUUUUUUACUGAAAAAUUUAAAGAUUUUCAACUUAAAUAUUUACAUACAUAUAAAGAUUUUUGCAAUAACGAUAGAUUUGUAGAAUUAUCACGAGUGUAUCCUUCUUUAAAAGUUGAAGACUUCAAGAAUUUCUUAUAAUGUUGGCUAUUUGUAAUACAGUUGUUGUCAAUAGUCAAUACACAGCCACAUUGUGACAUCAUGAAUUCAAGCGGGAAAAAUCGACACUGUUGUGCCACAAUAUGCACGCAAAGAGAAGGAGAAGGAGAACGAUUAUGGCUGAAAAAUAGUUAUAGUUGAAUAAGUAUAUAAAAAAAUUUUAUAAAAAUAUAUAUUAAUAUGAGAAAUGUCAAAUGUACAAAAACAAUGUAAAUCUUCAAUUAUUGUGUGAGAAAUUUUCAAUUUGUAUUCUUAUUUUAUAAUUGAUAUUUUGUUGUAACAUAUCGAUGAAUAAUAUUACAUAUUGUCAAUAACUUGUAAAUCAUAACGUUUUUAAAUAAAAAAAAAAAAU